AUGGCCCUUAGUCGCCGCGACUUAGUUCUGGCGGGUGUCGGCGUAUUCAUCGCCUGGGGUCUUGUGGUUCGCUGGCUGCCGAUCCUCCGGUAUCUAGGAUAUGCCUUGACACUGGGCGUCGUCCUAGCUUCUGUGGGUCUUUUAGGAAUUGUCACAUUCACAAUCCGGCAUCAGAAUGACAGAGUCAACCUCAAGAACGUUUCGGUGGCUUUCAUAAAACCUAACCAAUGGCGAAAGGAAGUGCUGAAUGUCCGCCGGAGCACGCGAUACCGUCCCCGGCCACUCUAUCCCCAGUCCUUUGUCGUGUCGGAAGGAAUCGACGAACUUCUGUCUUUUAUUACUCGAGACUUUGUUUCAUCGUGGUACAAAAGUAUCAGUCCGAACCCUAUAUUUGCCAAUGAAGUUGAUCGAACGAUUCGCGUCGCUCUUGAAAACCUCCGGGAUAGGUUGGUUGCGGAGGAUAUGGUGUCGCUGAUCGUAUCGCGUAUCUUUCCUAUCGUGACAUCGCACCUCAGAGAAUUUGACAUUGCCGAGCGUUCUGUUCGGGGACGCAAUCUCAGUCGAAAUGUGACCGAGUCUGGAGAGCUUGAUCUGGCCAUUGCGAACAAAUACCGGGAAGGUCGCUUACAUCCUGCCGUUGCGACCUCGGCGUCCGAUCAAAAGACUGUUCAACAGGAGUACCUGCGCAAGCUAGCGGUUGGCCUUCUACCACAGCUAUUCCCCCAAAGCGUGCUAAACAGUCGAAUUGUGUCGGUUCUGAUUCGCGAAAUCAUCUCAUGCGCUGUGCUUAUUCCGAUAGUCACUUCAUUGUCGGACCCAGACACAUGGAACCAAUUAAUGGAAGCAUAUGGCCGUACAGCUCUGCAGGAUCGGAAGACUGUACGCAAACUGCGCGCCGCUCUAGACCAGCAUGCGUCACCUGCACCUAGGUCUAAGCGUGGGCAACCAUUCCCGCGACUGUCACCAGCCGAUUCAGAGCGAGCCUUUGAGCGCUUUGUGAGGGCAAUUAGGAAAUGUAAUAACCUCUCCGAUGCCCGUCGUUUUCGCGCCCUCGUUUCCAGUCAAUUGAAGCAGGAGAGUGUGGUCGAGGGCCAGGAUCAGGUCUAUCUGAAGCGUCUAGAAACAGGAAAACGUGUUCUUGAUCAGAAAGUGGCGAAACUUGCGAGACCUGGCGAGGACUCCCAUGUACCUCCAGCACUAGACAUUCGACCUGAGGCUCCAUCUAGAACACAUGAAUCGUCACUGAUUGAUGUGAUGCACAGUGCAUCUGGGCUUUCUUAUUUCAUGGAGUUUAUGGACCGCCAAAAGCUGAUGUCGCUUGUUCAAUUCUGGGUUGUUGUAGAUGGAUUGCGCAACCCACUUGAAGAUGACUUUGGAGAUGAGCCAAUGCCUACUUUAUUAGCAUGGAAGCCAGCAGACAGAAACGACCUAGCUCUCAUCAGCGAAACCUACCUUUCAAAGCCGGAACUGAAUGUCUCUGAAGAGUCUCGCCGAGCAGUCAAGGCAUUCCUGAGUGCAGGAAAGCGCGCCACCCCGGAACAAUACCGAAAAGCGCGAAUGGUGGUUUUGACAACCCAGUCUGCCAUUCUAGAGCGUCUCCAGGAUACUUAUUACCCGAAGUUCAAGGGGUCUGAUCUGUACUGGAAGUAUAUUGCGUCCGACGAAGCAUCCGCUGCCCAGGCGCCAGUUCGGCAAUCCUCCCCCAUAGCAGUCACUUUUGAAACUCCCGAGAGGCGACCUCUGCCCCCUUUGUUGUCGAGAACCAGUUCCCAGCCGGGAUUGAGACCAUCCAAAGACCUUCGACGAGCCGCUGUCUCGUCUGGUGAUGUGCGGGGCAUGGGGAAAUUAUUUGAUGAUGAUGAUUCAUUACGGCGAUCAAUAGAUUCAGAACGAUCUGCUUAUCUUUUUGAUGACGACUAUGACACUGACAAUCUGGCCACAUCCACCCAUAGUUUGGGCAAGGAUUCGCAGAAUGGCGAGAAUGAUGGCCAGAGCCAAAGCCAAGUUCUCGAGACGAUGGAGGCAGCACUCAAUGAUAUCAUUACCAACGAGCCGAAAAAUGCGAGAAUCGAAGACCUCAAAGGAGAUGCUGCUGGUCUAUUCGGGUCGGACCGUCCUGUUCCUUCGUCGCGCAGCUUGUCUGAAACUCCUUCGGUUGACAACCGGAAUGAAAGAACCAAGAAAAGCAUCGCAUCGCUUGGUUUGGUGGAUCAUGCGUCACGACUUGGGGUCUUUGAUGACGACUUAUUUCCAGAUCAACAGAAAUUUAUCGAAGACGAAUACGAAGAACCAGACGGCGUGGAUGAAAAGGACCCAGCAGAUGAAGUGCACGAAGCUGCACCAGGUGACUUGGGUCUAACGGAGGCGAUUGAGGCACUCUCAGUAGAUAUCGACAAACUUGCAGCCCAGGACUCCGUAGUCCAAGCAUUGACACGCAAAGCAGAACUGACAAACAACACCGCGGAACUGAGAAUCCUGCGCAAGUCCAAGGCCAGCAUCCAGCGUGAAAUGCACCGCAAGGAAAUGCAGCGGCAACAGUACAUUCUCCAGGAAAGCGAUAACAGCUUAUUUGGGCGAUCGACCGUUAGCCUCAAGUCUACCGUCGUAGGCAAAGAGGAGGACGAUGGCCGUGAAUUUGCAAUGUACGUGGUGGAGGUCAAAAGAAAUGCCGGCGAGCAAAUGCCCGCCGCAUCGUGGGUCGUUGCACGACGAUACAGCGAGUUCCAUGAUCUGCAUCAAAAGCUACGCCAACGCUACCCCUCCGUCCGGAACUUGGAAUUUCCCCGGCGACGAGUCGUUAUGAAGCUACAGAAAGAGUUCCUUCACAAACGGCGACUCGCUCUCGAAGCCUAUCUGCAGAAACUCCUCCUUCUGCCAGAGGUCUGCCGCAGCCGCGAUCUACGUGCAUUCCUCUCUGAACGUGCCAUCCUACCCCGUAAGGAAACCGUUCGCGACAACGAGGGUGAAACAAGAGACCUUGUCACACGCAUCUACAACUCCGUCGCAGACGGCAUGGAUGACUUCCUCGGCAACUUUGGCGUCCUAGACCAACUAUCUACCGCAGGCCAAAACCUCAUAUCUGCCGCCACCCAGCAAGCCAUCAGCACGAUAGUCCCAGAAUCCGGCGUCGCAACCGAAGACGUCGUCACAGCAGCCGAAGCCGAAGCGGAACUAAACGCCUUCGAAGACCGCGAGCUCGAGCCAUUCAUCAAGCCCAUCUGUGAUCUCUUCCUCGAAGCCUUCGAGCUGAACCGCGGCAACAACUGGCUGCGCGGCCGUGCAGUCGUCGUUGUUCUGCACCAGCUCCUCGGCGGGACAAUAGAGCGCAAGGUCCGCGAGGGAGCACGCGGCCUGGUACAGGAUGAGUCCCUUCUCAAGUACCUUGCUCUCGCUCGCGAUACGCUCUGGCCCGGCGGCGUGCUUCGCAAAGCCCCUCCGCGUUCAGCCGCAGAUCGUUUCAAUAGUCGUGCCGAGGCUACUGUGGUCUUGGCUACCCUCAUUCCAGAUUUAGCGGGUAAUGUGGUCGGCAGAGCUAAUGCACAGGCUGCUGCCCGUCGCAUCUUUGCUACGCUCAAUAACCAACAUCUUAAUACCCAUCUUGUUUUUACGAUUCUUGACGAGAUUGUUUUGGUUCUCUUUGGGAGUUCGGGCCGUUCUCGAUGA